AUCGACGGCGCGGUACAAUGAAGGGUUACCAACGAUCGGCAGGGAUGAACACGAAAUAGCAUUCGGACAUAUCGAGAAAUUAUGUCAAAUUCCAACGAUAAUCGUAAUAGUACCACCUCUUACAAGAUUAUAUUCUCCUGAUAGAAUAUAGAUAUUCUUCACGAAAAAUUUUCUCAAGAACUCGAAAAUUAUAACUUCGAUAGGUUCUUAUGUUCCUACAUUCUAAUUUUUUAUAUAAUUUCAUUUCAAUUAUACCAUCUCCUAUGCUGUCAUGUUCUCGUAAUGUAAAGUAGCAAAACCGUUUCAAAGUUUUGGUCAAAAUCUCGAAAUUCUCAACUUCGACAAAUUUCUGAAAUAUGAUGUUAGUUUCAAGAAUCGAAGAAAUUGUAAUACCUUCUGUGCUAUCAUGUUCUGAUAUAAAAUUAUUAUUUUUACCAACAAGUUUUGUGCUCGUGGAUUUUCUCAAAAAAUGAUGUCGCUUUUAGUAGUUUCGAAUAAUUUACUCUGUAUAUGUGAAAUGUGUUUCACUCUAAAUGUGUGAAAUUUCAUAAAAUCAGUUAAUGUAUGAAUAGUAUUCAUCAUAAAUUAAUUGUACAAUUAAAUGACAAUAACCAGAUUUGAGUCCUUGGUGACUAUAUUAAAAAAUAUGACUUCCAAAUAUUAUUAUGCAGUAGCCAAAGGUCGUAAACCUGGAAUUUAUCAUACUUGGCCUGAAUGUCAUCAACAAGUGCUUCAUUUUUCUGGACCUGUAUUUAAAAAAUUUAAAACAGAAGCAGAAGCACGCGGCUUCAUUGAAGAACAUGAGAAAGCAAAUAAAGAAAAUGACGUGAAAGAUGCAUUACCUAUAAUUGGUAAAAGACAACGAAUACAAAGUGACAAAAGCACAGACUCUGAUACCGUACAAUCAAGUUCAAAAAAGGUAAAAACGACAGGUUCAACAAAAUAUGAAAAUAUAUGGAUAGAUAAAGAUUUAACUAAAAAUUUGAUUAUGGAUAGCGACGGUUUUGUCAAUGUAUAUACAGAUGGUGCAUGUACUGCAAAUGGGAGAAAAAACGCAAAGGCUGGUAUAGGUGUUUGGUUUGGUGACAAUCAUCCUCUAAAUGUAUCAGAAGCUGUUGUUGGUCGAGCAACUAACAACAAUGCAGAAAUUAAGGCUGUAACUGUAGCUGCUAGACAAGCAAGAAAGGCAGGUAUUAAAAAUUUAAAGAUUAAUACAGAUUCCCAAUUUCUUAUCAACUGCAUAAAGUUUUGGAUACAUAGCUGGAAAAAAAAGGGAUGGGUUACUUCAAAUAACACACGUGUUAUAAAUAAGGAUGAACUAAUAGAAAUGGAAAAAGCUUUAAAACCUCUAAACGUGGUUUGGAAUCAUGUCAAUGGUCAUGUUGGAAUUUAUGGUAAUGAAAUGGCUGAUAAAUUGGCUCGGGCAGGAUGUUCAAAAUAUAAUAUCUAAUAUUCAUAUGUAAUAUUCACAAAAUAAUCAUUAAAUAUAUAUUUUUUUAAUCAAUAACUUAAA